AUGACACCAAUGGAUUUGUACCGACAGAUAGACUGUCCGACGGGUUGUGUUUGGACGGGAAAAGAGAUACACGACGUGUGUAUGAGUUUGGCCGACGCCUUCAUCAACCGCUUUGAUCUGAAUCCGGGCGAUACCGUCGGCUUCUGGUGUCCCAACAGCGAUGUUCACGCCAUCGCUUUCUUGGCCACCAUAUCCUCCGGAGCCACUUAUCUUCCAAUUGAUCCCAAUAUGAGUUAUGAUGAUGUCUAUCGAGUGAUUAAAUUAAGUUCCGCUAAAUUCUUGAUCUGUUUGUCGGAUAACACGAGUGAAGCGCUGAAAAUAUUACACGGAUUACAGAGUUUGGAAGACUCGCAGAUACUUCAGCUGACCGGCGAUGACUGCAUUGUCGGCCAACACUUCUCCCACUAUUUAGGAGUCGUAUUGUUUUGUCACUCAUUAGUGUCCGGCAAUUUGCACGAAGUCUUGUAUAUGUGUCGAAAUGAUGUUGAGAUCAAGAAUAAUAGUAGUAAGUUAUGCUAUGAUUUUUCAUCGCUAACCGAUAUAAUACAUACCGGUUCACCACUUCCUCACUCGGACUCACUCACUGAAGAAGUGUUCAGAAAGUUAUGUCCCAAAUAUUUCCGAUCAAUAUAUGGAAAGCCAGAAACAGGUAUCAUAUCCUGUGUGUGGAAAAGUAUGUCGACAUUUGACACAAACAAAUGCAUCGCAAACUACUAUACUGUCGGACAUCCGGUUCCCGGCGUUCAGAUCAAGAUAACACAUCCGCAGACAGAGAAGUCCCGAUCGGCCCAUAAAUUAGGCGAGAUUUGUGUGAAAAGCCCGCAAACUAUUGAAAAGUCACGCAACCUAUCGAUUGUAACCAGAAAUGCCUUUACAAUUGACGGCUUCUACAAGACUGGAGACGCCGGCUAUUACGACAACGAAGGGCUACUGUAUGUCGAGAGUCGAGUCAACGAACUCAUCUAUGAGGACAAUAAUGUGAUCAAUCCGUUCGUCGUUGAGGCCAUUCUUCUGCAGCACUCGGCUGUGAAAGAGGCGGCCGUUAUUGGCGUUCCCGACGGCACUUACGGCCAAAUAUGUUGCGCUUUUGUAGAGUUGGAGGCAAACUCUGCGGUCAGUGAACAGACAUUACGAGAAAUGGUUUCAAAUAAGGGAAAGGAGUUGAGGGCAGGGAUUAAGUUCAUUGAGUCGAUGCCCAAAACUUUGCGAAAUCAAGUGAAUCGCACGGCUUUACGAUUGCGGGAGUUUUGCCACGAAAGUAGACCGAAAGGCAAUUAUCUGGCAAUUUCUUGA